CUACAAACAGCUACAUAAAAUAAAUUCAACAUUUUGCACUUUGAACUGAACACUGAAUUACAUCAACAUGUGGCCUCUAGUAACCCAACUGGUGAUCUACUUCUUCUUCUGCUGGGCGGAGGAAGGAAAAAGAUAUGGACCUGUUUUCGAAGAACAACCAAUUGACACAAUUUUUCCUGAAGAAUCUACAGAAGGCAAAGUCUCGGUGAACUGCAGGGCUCGAGGAAACCCUCCUCCUAUUUACAAGUGGAGAAAGAAUAAUUUGGAGAUUGACCUUCUUAAUGAGCAUUACAGUUUGGUGGGCGGUAAUCUUGUCAUCAACAAUCCAGACAAGUACAAAGAUUCUGGGAGAUAUGUUUGCAUUGUCUCAAAUAUUUAUGGGAAAGUCUGGAGUAGAGAAGCCACUUUGAAUUUUGGAUAUCUGGAUCCAUUUCCUACGGAGGAACGCUAUGAAGUAAAAGUGAAAGAAGGAACUGGAGCAGUUCUAAUAUGUGAUCCCCCUCCACACGUCCCUGAUGAUCUUAAUUAUCGCUGGCUUUUAAAUGAAUUUCCUGUGUUCCUUUCACCUGAUAACAGAAGAUUUGUUACACAGACAAAUGGAAAUUUGUAUAUUGCAAAAGUUGAGCAUUUGGACCGAGGCAAUUACUCAUGUUUUGUUUCCAGUCCUUCUGUUACAAAAAGUGUAUUCAGCAAAUUUAUUUCACUUCUUCCACAAACUGACACUUCAGAGAAACCUAAACGGUAUACACCUGUUAUUAAUGUCAAAUUUAAAGAUACACGGGCCCUUAAAGAUCAAAACGUCACACUGGAGUGUUUUGCUUUGGGAAAUCCUGUUCCUGUAAUCACAUGGAGAAAAAUAAAUGAAGCAAUGCCAGCUUCAGCUGAUAUAAGCAUGUCUGGGGCUGUCCUAAAAAUUUUCAAUGUCCAACCUGAAGACGAAGGGACAUACGAAUGUGAAGCUAAGAACAUUAAAGGGCUGGACAACCAUAGAGCAUAUGUAUAUGUAGAAGGUGUGCCAGAAUGGGUAGAACACAUCAAUGAUACAGAAAGAGAUAUAGGCAGUGAUUUGCAUUGGGCCUGUGUUGCUAGAGGCAAGCCACAGCCUAGCAUUAGAUGGCUAAAAGAUGGAGCACCGUAUGGAAAGGGUGACAUAAUAAAGAAAGGAUUGACUCUGGAGGACGCCGGAAUGUAUCAGUGCAUAGCAGAAAAUAUACACGGAAUUAUUUAUGCAAAUGCAGAACUGAAGAUUCUUGCUUUAGCACCAACAUUUGAAUUUACUCCUAUGAGAAAGAAAGUUUUAGCUGCCAAAGGAGGCCGUGUAAUCAUUGAGUGCAAGCCAAAAGCUGCUCCAAAAGCCAAAUUUUCAUGGAGUAAGGGAACAGAACUGCUAAUAAACAACAGUCGAGUAUCAAUAUGGGAUGAUGGUAGCCUGGAAAUUACAAACAUUACAAAAUUUGAUGAAGGCAGCUAUACUUGUUUUGCAGAAAAUGACAGGGGAAAAGCAAAUAGCACUGGAAUAGUUUCUGUCACAGCUGCCACAAAGAUAACCCUUGCACCUUCGAAUGCUGAUGUGACUGUUGGUGAAAAUGCAACCAUGCAGUGUCAUGCAUCUCACGAUCCCACAUUGGAGCUUACAUUUAUCUGGGCUUUAAAUGGCUUUCCUAUUGAAUUUGACAAGGAAGAUGGACAUUAUGAACGGGCGAUACGGAAUGUUGUGGGCAGCGAACUCGUUAUAAAAAAUGCACAACUAAUACAUGCCGGGAGAUACACUUGCACAGCACAAACAAUUGUUGACAAUUCCUCAGCUUCAGCUGAUCUUGUAGUCAGAGGUCCCCCUGGUCCUCCCGGUGGAGUCAGAGUAGAAGAAAUAAGAGAUACUUCCGUAAAAUUAACAUGGAGUAGUGGAACAGACAAUCACCAGCCAAUUUCCAAGUAUAAUAUUCAGGCGCAAAAUAUUUUGUCUGAAGAUUGGAAAGAUGUAAAGACAGAAAAUCCAAACAUUGAAGGAAAUAUGGAGAUGGCAAGAGUUAUAGAUUUGAUUCCUUGGAUGGACUAUGAAUUCCGGGUUAUAGCAACAAACACGUUAGGAGUUGGAGAACCUAGUUUGCCAUCACCAAAAAUAAGAACAGAGGGAGCUGCACCUAUUGUAGCUCCUGCAGAAGUUGGGGGUGGUGGUGGAAGCAAUCGGGAGUUAACAAUAACAUGGCAGCCUUUAUCACGUGAAUAUCAUUAUGGCGAUGGCUUUGGCUACGGUGUCGCCUUCAAGCCCUUCAAUGGCAGGGAAUGGAGAAAAGUUAUUGUUACAAACCCCGAAAGCGGUCACUAUGUACACAAGGAUGACACCAUAACUCCAGCAACACAGUUUCAAGUAAAAGUAAAGGCCUUUAAUAAAAUCGGUGAAGGUCCAUACAGCAGCACUGUUGUAGUAUACUCAGCAGAGGAUGUGCCUACAGAAGCCCCAACAGCAGUGGUAUACAAUAUAUUGUCAUCUUCUGAAGUAUCUGUUGCCUGGCACCCAGUUUAUGAGAAGUCUAUUGAAGGUUACCAGGUUCGCUACUGGCGAAUUCAAGACAAAGAAGCAGCAGCACAUCGAGUACAGGUGAAAGCUUCAGAUAUUACAACCAGGCUUGAAGGAUUGAUGCCAAAUACCCAUUACAACAUAGAAGUUCGGGCUUUUAAUAGCGCAGGGGAUGGGCCACCAAGCAAAACACUAACGUUCUUAACAAAGAAAGCUCCUCCAAGCCAGAUACCACAGAUUACUAGUGCUGUGAGAUAUGGCUCACAGUAUAUUAUCACCUGGGAACAUGUAGUACCUUUAUCCAAUGAAUCGGCUGUGAAUGGUUACAAGGUUCUUUACAGGCAAGAUGGGCAGAGAGAUGGAAAGCUGUAUUCAACAAGAAAACAUUCAGUAGAAUUACCUGUCCCGGAAGAAGGAGUAUAUGUUGUUGAGGUUCGAGCUCACAGUGAAGGAGGUGAUGGAGCAGUUGGUUUCAUUACAAUUUCUGGUGUUGCAACAGGAAUUCUCCCCUCUGUUCUUGGAGUUCUUCUGCCAAUCCUAAGCCUGCUGAUGUAUUUGGAAUUUUGAAUGUAGCUAUGUUUACAAUGUCCUGAGUGCAGUGUACUCUCCUCACAGCUGAAGGCGAUUAUUAUGUUUUUUUCUUUUCUUGUUGGAGAUUACUCCGGUACC